AUGACCAUAGUAGUCUAAGGAGAUACAGCUAUUAAUUAACCUAGCUAAACUGAUUAAGGACUUUAUGCUAAUAAUCCUUAAUAUGCAUGUUUGCCAGGUAUCAGUUGUUUUGCACAAUAGGUUCUUAUUUCAAUGGAUAAAUAUGCAUGCCAUGCCAAUAGGUAAAUGGAGGCUAUUGCUAUUGUACAUCGACAAAUCCAUGCAUAUAUGUGACAUGUUCUUAAGGAUAUUAUCAAAUCGGAUAGUAAUAAUUAAAAUAAUUUUAGAACUUGUAUUUAACAUCCAGAUACAAACUGCUUAAGUGGAGGUUUCGCAGCGGAUGGAUCAACAAUAGUGUGUUUUUAAUGUAAUAGUUAAUCUACUCAAAUUGGUAUUUGAAUAUUUUAAUUUAAGGUGGAAUAUGCGUUCAAAAUAAUAAUUGUAAAACUUUUAAUAUAAACACUGGUAUUUGCACUAUUUGUUCUGAUGGGUAUUAUAAUGUGUUCCCAACUUACAUGCCAGACCAAUUUAAUGGAGCAUAAAGUUCAUUUAUUUACUCCAAAUAUUUUUAAAGUUUUAAUUCGUGUUUGCCAUGCAAUCAAUAUUGUGCAACUUGUUAAUCAGAGUAUAAUAUUAAAUUUAUAAAUUUAUAGCACAUAUUGUAACUCAUGCAUUAAAGGUUAUUAUUUAAACAAUAAUUAAUGUCUUCGUUGCUCAGAUAAAUUAAUAAAAUGUGAGGCUUGUCCAGAUGAAACAAAAUGUACAGAAUGUGGAGUUGGAUCUUAUCUUAAUAAUGGAAGUUGCAUACUUUGUACAACACUUGACAUAAAUUGUUCAGCCUGUUCUGAUUCAUCAACCUGUACUUCUUGUGUUUCCACAACCUAUUACACAAGUGGGAAAUAAUGCAUUAAAUGUUCUGAUACAAUAGGAUAUUGUAAAGAAUGUUCAAGUGGAGACAAUUGUACUAAAUGCACAACAGGAUUCUACUUAAAAAAUGGAGCAUGUUUUCUCUGUUCUACAUAAAUGGUAAGUUGUAUGAGUUGUACUGAUGGUAAUACAUGUACAUCCUGCUCUGAUGGAACUUUUUUAGAUGGAAAUUAAUGCUCAAAAUGUGUUUUAGCUAUAAGUAAUUGUGAAUAUUGUUAAAAUGGUACUACAUGUACUACUUGUAAACCUAAAUACUAUUUAAAUAAGAAUGUCUGUAGUUCAUGUUCAACCAAUUGUGAAAAUUGUAUAAACACAGCAAGUUAUUGUACAUCUUGUUCAUCAGGCUAUUUCUUAAAUGGAGCAACUAAUACUUGUGAUUAAUGUGAUACUAAUUCACAAUGUUUAACAUGUGUAAAUAAAGCAGAUAAUUGUACUUCUUGUGUUCCAGGUUAUUUUAAAGAUGGAGAUAAAUGUAGUCCAUGUUCAAGUAAAUGUUUUACUUGUACUGGAUCAGUAGAUAAUUGUACAGAUUGUUAUGUUGGCAGAUUUCUUAGUAAUAAUAAAUGUUCACCUUGUUAUGUCACAUGUCUAGAUUGUAAGAAUUCUGAAAAGGAAUGUUCUGCUUGUGCAAAAGGUUCCUAUUUGAAUGGCACUACAUGUACACCAUGUUCAAUUACAUGCUAAGAAUGCAUAGAUUCAGACACAAAAUGUACUAAAUGUUAUGAUGGAAAAUACCUAAAGGACAAUUAAUGCACAACUUGUGAAUAUCCUUGUUCUAAUUGUAGUGAUUAAACUUCAUGCUUAUCUUGCGUUCCUGGUUUUAAAUUAAGUAACAAUAAUUGUGUAUAAUGUACUUAUCCAUGCUAAACUUGUAAUAAUGAUGGAAGUUGUAAGACUUGCGCUAUAGGUUUUGAAUUUGACGGUACUAAUUGUUAGGAAUGUACCAAACCUUGUACUACCUGUACAAAUAAUUAAAAUGGAUGCCAAAGUUGUUUAGUUGGUUUUUAUUAACAUGAUAACACUUGUACUAAAUGUUCAGAUGAAUGUGCUGCUUGUAUUAAUAGUGCUAGCAAUUGUACUGAUUGUUAUGCAGGAACAUACUUAAAUAAUAAUACCUGCUCUUAAUGCAAAACACCAUGUGCUACUUGUCUAACUUCAGAUACUUCUUGCCGUUCUUGUGUUCAAGGAUUCUUUUAUGUUGAUAAACCAGAUUAUAAGUGUAACCCUUGUUCAAAAUCAUGUGUUGCAUGUUCAGUUGAUGAUAAAACUUGUUCAACAUGUCAAAGUGGUUACUUUAAAAGUGGUAGCAUUGAUGGCCCAUGUAAUGCUUGCACAAGUCCUUGUUUAACUUGCUCUACUUAAGCCAAUUCCUGCGAUUCCUGUGUAGACGGAUAUUAUAAGUCUGGAGCAAAUUCUUGUGUUGCCUGUAAAGAACCUUGUGCAAGAUGUACAGAUAACUAGGAUAAAUGUCUAAGUUGUGUUUAUGGAUACUUUCUCAAUGGAAAUAGUUGUGUUUAAUGCACUUUACCUUGUACUAAUUGCCUUGCUUCUUUGACGGAUUGUACAGCCUGUAAUAAAGGUUUUUAUUUGACAACCAAUCCUAAUCAAUGUAAAAACUGUCCAAACAUAUGUACCGCAUGCAGUUCUGAUACAGAAUGUACAGAAUGUGUUUAUGGAUAUUAUGCUAAUAACAAAACAUGCACUAUCUGUCCAAAUUAAUGUGCUGAUUGCAGUGAUGCAAACAACUGCACUGCCUGUAAUAAAGGAUACUUUUUGGAUAAAACCAAUCCGAAUGCUGUUACUUGUAGUAAUUGCAAUAAUCCUUGUUAUGGUUGUUUUGAUAAUGCAACAAAAUGUUCAGAUUGCGAUAAUGGAUUGGUAUUAGAUGAAGUAAACCAUACAUGUAAAUAAUGUUCUCCAGAAUGUACUACAUGCCUUCAAAAUGAUCCAAAAAAUUGCCAAACUUGUGCAGAUGGAUAUUAUUAUAAUAAUAAUAAUUAAUGUCUUUAGUGUAGUAAUUUAUGUAAAACAUGUGAUUAAAACAAUAAGGAUUUUUGUACAAGUUGCUACGAUGGAUUUUAUUAACCUAAUGGACAAAAUACUUGUAAAGUUUGCAAACAACCUUGCCUGACUUGUAAGUCCUAGCAAGCUGAAGGUGAUAAUUGUCUCACAUGCUUUAAAGGGGAUUAUUUGGAUAAUAGUACAACUCCUCCAUCAUGUGUAUAAUGCGUAUACCCAUGUGUAGAAUGUUAGGAUGAAAAUACAUGUAAAAGUUGUUAGAAAGGAUAUUUCUUACCUGAUCCUCAAAGUCCAAGUGCUUGCUAAAUUUGUGAUCCAAAUUGUGAUAGUUGUGAAACUACAAAAACAAAUUGUACUGCUUGUCCAUCUGGAUACUAUAAAAACACAAACACCAGCACUUAAACAAGUAAUUGUGUAAUAUGUACCAAUAAUUGUCUCACUUGUUCUUCAGAUACUUAAUGUAUUAGUUGUAUUAUUGGAUAUUACAAAGACUCAAAUAAUAAUUGCUUAAAAUGUGCAAGUACCUGUCUAACUUGCGAUGGAAGUAAUAAUUGUUAAUCCUGUCCACUUGGAUUAUAUUUAGAUGGCACCACCUGUGAUAAAUGCCCAAAUAUUUGUGUUGGUGGAUGUACAUAUACCAAUAGCACAAUAUAGUGUAGUGAUUGUGUGUCUGGAUAUUAUUUGAAUUCUAAUUAAUGUACAAUAUGUGAUAAGAAAUGUUUGGAAUGUUCAGGAUCAGCAAACAAUUGCACAAAAUGCGAUAAAGGUUUUUGGAAGAAUACAACGUUAUAAAAUGAUUAAUGUUAGCCAUGCUUGACAAUAUGUUAGACUUGUGAUGUUGCAGCUAAUUCAUGUUAAGCUUGUAUAGACGGUUACUAUGCUAGUAACAACAAAUGCGAGAGAUGCCCGCUUUCUUGUACAAAAUGCACAGCACUUGAUAAUUGUAGUGAAUGUGCUGAUGGAUAUUAUAAAAAUAAAGUCGAUGAAACACACUAUAAUUGUUAAUAAUGUAUAAGUCCAAUGGUAACCUGCGAUUCGGAUAAAACUUGUAAGACUUGCCUUUCAGGAUAUGUUUGUAACAAUGGUAUUUGUGAUUAAUGUGGUUAUCCAUGCCUAACUUGUUCAGAAAAUCCUUCCAAAUGCAAUGAUUGUGUUUCUGGAUACAUCAUUAAAGAAGCCAAUAAAUGCGAUCCUUGUACUUUCCCUUGCCUUACUUGUAUAGAUGCUGAUCUUAAUAAAUGUGAUAGUUGCCCUCCUGGAUAUUAUAAGGAUGUAAAUUAAUGUUAGAAAUGCUUGAAACCAUGUUUAACUUGUUCAGAUGCCUCUACAUGCAUAGAUUGCAUCGAUGGAUUUUAUAAAUCAAAUUCAACAUGUUCCAGGUGUAAAUUACCAUGCAGUGUAUGUACAUCAGAAACAGAUUGUAAAGUUUAAGAAAAUAUUAAUAAUUGCAUAUCAGGAUAUUUUUAAAGCGGUACAAUAUGUAAAGAAUGUCAGGAGUUUUGUUUGACAUGCACAUCCACUUCUAGUGGAGAUUGCAAAUCUUGUAUCACUGGAUAUCAUUUAAAUAAUGGAGAUUGUACACCUUGUACUGAAUUUUCAGCAUAAUGUCUGUAAUGUAAUGAUAAUAAGAAUGAAUGCACAUCAUGUCUUAAUGGUUACUAUGUUGAUAGUUCUUAAACUUGCCAAAAAUGUACAAAUAACUGUCUUGAAUGUACAAAAGAUGAGUGCACACAUUGUCUUCCUGGAUAUUACAAAAAUGGCACACCUGAUUGUCAACAAUGUUAAAAACCUUGCAAUAUUUGUAAUUCAGCAACUGAAUGUACUGAAUGUGCUGAUGGUUUCUACAUUGAUGCUUAAGGUACAAAAGGAUGUUCAGAAUGCUCAACACCAGGUUGCAUAAAAUGUCCUAACAAUGUAUGUAGUGAUUGCUAAGCACAAUUGAUUGAUGAUAAUAAUUGUUCUUAGUGCAAAUUACCUUGUAAUACUUGCUAGUCUGCAAGUCCAACUACUUGCGAAACUUGUGUUACUGGAUUUUUCCUAGAUAGUAAUACAUGCAAACCCUACGUUUUUCCAUGUAACUCUUAUUAGACGACGUCAGGAACUUCCACUUGUGACGGUUGCUAUGGAGGUUAUUAUCUGGAUAAUACUAAAACUUGUAAACCUUGUGAUAUUUCUUGUUCAACCUGCAUAGAAACUUCAACUAAAUGCUCAAAAUGUACAACAGGAUAUUAUGGAAAUACUGAACCAAACCCUGCAGAAUGUACUUAAUGUCCAUCAGAAUGUUUAGAAUGCAAUGCUGCCAAUUAAUGCACAAAAUGCAAGAAUAAUUUUGUUUUAAAGGUAGAUGAUGAAAGUGGUCAAAAAUUAUGUACAGGUUGUUUAAAAGGAUUUUAUAAGAAUUCUGAAGCAUGUACUUAAUGUAAAGCAGGAUGUAUUGAUUGUUCUUCUGAUACUAUCUGCACUGAAUGUUGGAUAGAUGGUGGAUAUUAUAAGAGUGGUGAUAAUUGCCUCAAAUGUGAUAGAAGUUGUCAAAAAUGUGAUACUACUUCUACUAAAUGUACCGCAUGUGAAACUGGUUAUACACUUUAAUCUGAUUAAUGUAAUGCUUGUUUAAAUGGAUGUACUUCUUGUAUACCUGGAAAAUAUUUAAAUGGUUCAGAUUGUUUUGAUUGCUCUGGAGAUUGCGCAACUUGUGAGUUUUCAGGUGGAGCUUAAACUUGUCUUACUUGUAAAGCUAUGAAUUAUAAACCCGAUACUGGUACAAGUUGCAUUCUAUAAUGCUAGGAUAACGAUGAAUGUAGUUUAAAUUGUGUAAAAUAAUGCAAUACAUCUAGUACAGAGUGCAGUGAUAAUGGAGGUUAUAAUAAUAGUGGUAUAUGUACAAAGUGUAACUCUGGGUGCACUAAAUGUAUUAGUUAGGAUAAUUGUGAAUAAUAAUGUAAAAUUGGAUUUUCUGGAACAGAUUGUAAAUUAUGUUCAACUGGUUAUUAUGGUUCUAGUUGUCAACCAUGUAAUAUUGGUUGUAUAUCAUGUACAGCUAAUGCAGAUGAUUGUAAUUCUUCAUGUAAAACUGGAUUCUCUGGACCUGAUUGUAAAUCAUGUUCAGCAGGAUAUUAUGGUACAAAUUGUCAAUCAUGUAAUUUUGGUUGUAAAUUAUGCUCAACAAAUGCAGAUGAUUGUCAAUCUUAAUGCAAAACUGGAUAUUCUGGAACUGAUUGUAAAUCAUGUUCAGCUGGAUAUUUUGGUUCAAAUUGUCAACCUUGUAAUAUUGGUUGUUUAUCAUGCACAACGAAUGCAGAUGAUUGUAAUUCUUAAUGUAAAAAUGGAUUUUCUGGAACUGAUUGUAAAUCAUGUUCAGCAGGAUAUUUUGGUUCAAAUUGUCAACUUUGUAAUAUUGGUUGUUUAUCAUGCACAGCUAAUGCAGAUGAUUGUAAUUCUUAAUGUAAAAAUGGAUUUUCUGGAACUGAUUGUAAAUCAUGUUCAGCAGGAUAUUUUGGUUCAAAUUGUCAACCUUGUAAUAUUGGUUGUUUAUCAUGCACAGCUAAUGCAGAUGAUUGUAAUUCCUCUUGUAAAACUGGAUUUUCUGGAACGGAUUGUAAAUCAUGUUCAGCUGGAUAUUUUGGUUCAAAUUGUCAACCUUGUAAUAUUAAUUGUAAAUCAUGCUCAGCAAAUGCAGAUGAUUGUUAAUCAUAAUGUAAAACUGGUUUUUCUGGAAUUGAUUGUAAGUCAUGUUCAGCUGGAUAUUUUGGUUCAAAUUGUCAACCUUGUAAUAUUAAUUGUUUAUCAUGCACAACGAAUGCAGAUGAUUGUAAUUCUUCAUGUAAAACUGGAUUUUCUGGAACUGAUUGUAAAUCAUGUUCAGCAGGAUAUUAUGGUACAAAUUGUCAACCUUGUAAUAUUGGUUGUUUAUCAUGCACAGCUAAUGCAGAUGAUUGUAAUUCCUCUUGUAAAACUGGAUUUUCUGGAACGGAUUGUAAAUCAUGUUCAGCUGGAUAUUUUGGUUCAAAUUGUCAACCUUGUAAUAUUAAUUGUAAAUCAUGCUCAGCAAAUGCAGAUGAUUGUUAAUCAUAAUGUAAAACUGGUUUUUCUGGAAUUGAUUGUAAGUCAUGUUCAGCUGGAUAUUUUGGUUCAAAUUGUCAACCUUGUAAUAUUAAUUGUUUAUCAUGCACAACGAAUGCAGAUGAUUGUAAUUCUUCAUGUAAAACUGGAUUUUCUGGAACUGAUUGUAAAUCAUGUUCAGCAGGAUAUUAUGGUACAAAUUGUCAACCUUGUAAUAUUGGUUGUUUAUCAUGCACAGCUAAUGCAGAUGAUUGUAAUUCCUCUUGUAAAACUGGAUUUUCUGGAACGGAUUGUAAAUCAUGUUCAGCUGGAUAUUUUGGUUCAAAUUGUCAACCUUGUAAUAUUAAUUGUAAAUCAUGCUCAGCAAAUGCAGAUGAUUGUUAAUCAUAAUGUAAAACUGGUUUUUCUGGAACUGAUUGUAAAUCAUGUUCAGCAGGAUAUUAUGGUACAAAUUGUCAAACUUGUAAUAUUGGUUGUUUAUCAUGCACAGCUAAUGCAGAUGAUUGUAAUUCCUCAUGUAAAACUGGAUUUUCUGGAACGGAUUGUAAAUCAUGUUCAGCUGGAUAUUUUGGUUCAAAUUGUCAACCUUGUAAUAUUAAUUGUAAAUCAUGCUCAGCAAAUGCAGAUGAUUGUUAAUCAUAAUGUAAAACUGGUUUUUCUGGAAUUGAUUGUAAGUCAUGUUCAGCUGGAUAUUUUGGUUCAAAUUGUCAACCUUGUAAUAUUAAUUGUUUAUCAUGCACAACGAAUGCAGAUGAUUGUAAUUCUUCAUGUAAAACUGGAUUUUCUGGAACUGAUUGUAAAUCAUGUUCAGCAGGAUAUUAUGGUACAAAUUGUCAACCUUGUAAUAUUGGUUGUUUAUCAUGCACAGCUAAUGCAGAUGAUUGUAAUUCUUCAUGUAAAACUGGAUUUUCUGGAAUUGAUUGUAAAUAAUGUUCAGCAGGAUAUUAUGGUACAAAUUGUCAACCUUGUAAUAUUGGUUGUUUAUCAUGCACAGCUAAUGCAGAUGAUUGUAAUUCCUCUUGUAAAACUGGAUUUUCUGGAACGGAUUGUAAAUAAUGUUCAGCAGGAUAUUAUGGUACAAAUUGUCAACCUUGUAAUUUUGGUUGUUUAUCAUGCACAGCUAAUGCAAAUGAUUGUAAUUCUUAAUGUAAAACUGGAUUCUCUGAAACUGAUUGUAAAACACUCUAAGUUGGUAUUAUAGAAUGUAAUAUUGGUUGUUUAUCAUGCACAGCGAAUGCAGAUGAUUGUUAAUCAUAAUGUAAAACUGGAUUUUCUGAAACUAAUUGUAAAUCAUGUUCAGCUGGAUAUUUUGGUUCAAAUUGUCAACCUUGUAAUAUUGGUUGUUUAUCAUGCACAGCUAAUGCAGAUGAUUGUAAUUCUUAAUGUAAAAAUGGAUUUUCUGGAACUGAUUGUAAAUCAUGUUCAGCAGGAUAUUUUGGUUCAAAUUGUCAACCAUGUAAUAUUGGUUGUUUAUCAUGCACAGCUAAUGCAGAUGAUUGUAAUUCUUAAUGUAAAAAUGGAUUUUCUGGAACUGAUUGUAAAUCAUGUUCAGCAGGAUAUUUUGGUUCAAAUUGUCAACCAUGUAAUAUUGGUUGUUUAUCAUGCACAGCUAAUGCAGAUGAUUGUAAUUCUUAAUGUAAAAAUGGAUUUUCUGGAACUGAUUGUAAAUCAUGUUCAGCAGGAUAUUUUGGUUCAAAUUGUCAACCAUGUAAUAUUGGUUGUUUAUCAUGCACAGCUAAUGCAGAUGAUUGUAAUUCUUAAUGUAAAAAUGGAUUUUCUGGAACUGAUUGUAAAUCAUGUUCAGCAGGAUAUUUUGGUUCAAAUUGUCAACCAUGUAAUAUUGGUUGUUUAUCAUGCACAGCUAAUGCAGAUGAUUGUAAUUCUUAAUGUAAAAAUGGAUUUUCUGGAACUGAUUGUAAAUCAUGUUCAGCAGGAUAUUUUGGUUCAAAUUGUCAACCAUGUAAUAUUGGUUGUUUAUCAUGCACAGCUAAUGCAGAUGAUUGUAAUUCUUAAUGUAAAAAUGGAUUUUCUGGAACUGAUUGUAAAUCAUGUUCAGCAGGAUAUUUUGGUUCAAAUUGUCAACCAUGUAAUAUUGGUUGUUUAUCAUGCACAGCUAAUGCAGAUGAUUGUAAUUCUUAAUGUAAAAAUGGAUUUUCUGGAACUGAUUGUAAAUCAUGUUCAGCAGGAUAUUUUGGUUCAAAUUGUCAACCAUGUAAUAUUGGUUGUUUAUCAUGCACAGCUAAUGCAGAUGAUUGUAAUUCUUAAUGUAAAAAUGGAUUUUCUGGAACUGAUUGUAAAUCAUGUUCAGCAGGAUAUUUUGGUUCAAAUUGUCAACCAUGUAAUAUUGGUUGUUUAUCAUGCACAGCUAAUGCAGAUGAUUGUAAUUCUUAAUGUAAAAAUGGAUUUUCUGGAACUGAUUGUAAAUCAUGUUCAGCAGGAUAUUUUGGUUCAAAUUGUCAACCAUGUAAUAUUGGUUGUUUAUCAUGCACAGCGAAUGCAGAUGAUUGUAAUUCUUAAUGUAAAAAUGGAUUUUCUGGAACUGAUUGUAAAUCAUGUUCAACAGGAUAUUUUGGUUCAAAUUGUCAACCAUGUAAUAUUGGUUGUUUAUCAUGCACAGCGAAUGCAGAUGAUUGUAAUUCUUAAUGUAAAAAUGGAUUUUCUGGAACUGAUUGUAAAUCAUGUUCAACAGGAUAUUAUGGUUCAAAUUGUCAACCAUGUACUUCUAGUUGUAUAUCAUGCACAGCUAAUUAAGAUGAUUGUAAAUCUUCAUGUAAAACCAGGUUUUCUGGAACUGAUUGUACAUCAUGUUCACCAGGAUAUUAUGGUUCAAAUUGCCAACCAUGCAAUAUUGGAUGUUUAUCAUGCACAGCUAAUGCAGAUGAUUGUAAUUCUUAAUGUAAAACUGGAUUCUUUGGAACUGAUUGUAAAUCAUGUUCAACAGGAUAUUUUGGUUCAAAUUGUCAACCUUGUAAUAUUGGUUGUUUAUCAUGCACAGCGAAUGCAGAUGAUUGUAAUUCUUAAUGUAAAAAUGGAUUUUCUGGAACUGAUUGUAAAUCAUGUUCAACAGGAUAUUAUGGUUCAAAUUGCCAACCAUGUAAUAUUGGUUGUUUAUCAUGCACAGCGAAUGCAGAUGAUUGUAAUUCUUAAUGUAAAAAUGGAUUUUCUGGAACUGAUUGUAAAUCAUGUUCAACAGGAUAUUAUGGUUCAAAUUGCCAACCAUGUAAUAUUGGUUGUUUAUAAUGUGCAGCAAAUGCAGAUGAUUGUUAAUCGUAAUGUAAAACUGGAUUUUCUGGAAUUAAUUGUUUAACAUGUUCAUUUGGAUAUUUUGGCAAGAAUUGUUAAUAAUGUAAUGAAAAUUGUAAAACUUGCGACACUUAGUCAGCUAAUUAAUGUACUUCCUGUUUUCCCGGUUAUUACUAAGAUAAUUAAACUUGCACUAAAUGUAUAAAUAAAUGCAUAACUUGUACAAGUUCUAAUUCUUGUCAAAUUUGUAUCUCUGGUUAUUAUUAAGACUCUUCCAAUUGUUAAUAAUGUGAUUAUCCUUGUUAAACCUGUACAGAUAAACAAACUUGUUAAAGUUGCUUUUUAGGUUAUUAUACUAAUGGUAAUUCCUGCUCUAAAUGUAACAACGGUUGUGAUCAAUGCACUCAAGAAGCUUGUCAAUAGUGUAGCACUGGCUAUUAUUCAAAUGGAAGUCAAUGUACUAUAUGUGAAUUCCCAUGUUUAUAAUGCACAGCUUAAACUAAUGCCUGUUAAAAAUGCUUUUAAGGCUAUAAAUUAGAUAAUUUUAGUUGUGUAUAAAUUAUUUCUGAAUGUGAAACUUGGUCAACAGAUAAUACAUCAACUUGUGAUAAAUGUAUAGUUGGAUUCUAUAAAAAUGAUAAUGGUCUCUGUGUUAAAUGUUCGGAUUAUUGUAAAACUUGUACAAAAGAUAGCUGUUAAGAAUGUUUACCUGGUACUUAUAAUAAUGGAUCUAACACCUGUAUAUAAUGUGUUUAAGGAUGCACUUAAUGUACAAGUGAGAAUAUUUGUACAUCCUGUAUUGCUGGAUACUAUCCAAAAGAUGAUUCAGUUUGCUAAGAAUGCCCUUAAUAAUGUCUAUAAUGCACUGAUAAAAAUACUUGUUCUUAAUGUCUUGUAGGUUACUAUCUUGAUGGUAAUGCUUGUUCUGAGUGUACAAGCCCUUGUAAAAAUUGUUUUAAAGAUACUGAUGGAGUUUUGAAAUGCUCUGCUUGCACUUAAGGGUAUCAAAUCAAAGGAACUUCUUGCGGAUAAUGUCCUGAUUUUUGUUCAGUUUGUAAUGUUGAACUAAAAUGUUUAGAAUGCUUGCUUGGUUAUUAUCCUGACUCUGGAGAUGGAAGUUGCAAAAAAUGUAUGAAUUUCUGCUCGGUAUGUACUGCAUCAGAUACAUGUAAUACGUGCUAAAAUGGUUAUUAUUAUGAUAGUCCAAAUAAAAAAUGUAAUCAAUGUGAAAGAGGAUGCAAAACUUGUGAUUCUACUUAAUGUACAUCUUGUGUUAAUGGAUUUUAUGCUGUUUCUAAUAAGUAAUGUUAACAAUGUCCAAGUCCAUGUUUGACUUGUUAAGAUACUACCGGAAAUUGCAAAGAUUGUGUAGAUGGUUAUUACUUUGAAUCUCCUAAUUGUAUAGAGUGUAUUAGUCCAUGCAUUAAAUGUUCAGGGGCUGGUAAUAAUUGUACUGAGUGUGAAAAAGGAUACUAUGUAGAUAAUGGUCAGUGUACAUAAUGUCCAACAUUAUAUUCAUGUGAAACAUGCACCAAAGAUUCCUCGGAUUCAAUAAUAAAAUGUACUUCUUGUCGCUCAGGAUAUUUUAUUGAUGGAACCAAUAAUAGUGAAUGUCGUCCUUGUGAUACUGCUUGUUAAUCUUGUAGUACUGGAUCAAAAAUUUGUUAGUCAUGCAUAGCUGGAUUUUAUCACACAGCAGAUGAUUAAUGUUCAAAAUGCAGUUUAACAUGCACUCAAUGUACAGCCUUUGAAGUUUGUUAAGAAUGUGCAAUUGGCUAUUAUAAAAAUGGGGAUUCAUGCACUCUGUGUAAUCUUAAUUGCAAUGACUGCAGCAACAUUUCAUCCUGCAAGAGUUGUGUUUCUGGAUAUUUCUUAGAAUAAGAUGGUUCUACUUGUAGUGGAUGUACUGGAAAUUGUGCAACUUGCUAGAACUCUGCAACUAAUUGUCAAUCCUGUAUCUUAGGAUAUUAUGGUAAGCCAGGUUGCUCUAAUUAAUGUGGUGGUUAAUGCUUAUAUUGCAAAGAUGAUGGCACAUGUCAAUAAUGUUUUCCUGGAUAUUAUUUAGAUAAUUCUAAUAAUUGUUAACCAUGUGACAAUAAAUGUACUACUUGUUCAAAUAAUAGUCCCACUUAUUGUUAAUCUUGUACUACAGGAUAUUUCCUUAAUAAUAAUUCAUGUGAUUAAUGUUAGAGUCCAUGCACUGGAUGUGAAUUAACAGCUGAUAAUUGCAGUAAGUGCUAACCAGGUUUUGUAUCAAUAAACACUAAAUGCUUGCAAUGCAAUCCUAUUUGUAAAACAUGUUCUACAUCAUAAGAUAAUUGUGAUUCUUGUUAUGAUGGGUUUUAUUUAAAUAAUGGAAAAUGCAAUUAAUGUGCUGAACCAUGCUCAAAGUGUACUUAUACUGACCCUGGUCCUGCUAAUUGUUCUGAAUGUCCUGAUGGAUACUACCUGAAUAAUAAUAAUUGUUAUGAAUGCAAAUAGCCAUGCAUAACAUGUGAUCCUGGAGAUGGUCAUCAAUGCAAAACUUGUAUUGAUGGAUUUUAUAAGGAUCCAAACAAUCCUAGUUGUCCUAUUUGUAAUUUCCCUUGUCUUACUUGUCAUACUGAUGGAGACACCUGCGACUCAUGUAUUAAUGGAUAUUUCUUUGAUAAAACUUAAAAUUCUCCAAACUCAAAGUGCUAAUAAUGCCCAACUCCUUGCUUAACUUGUAUAUAUUCAGAAACGGCAUCAAAUACUGUUUGCUUAAGUUGUAUUUCUGGAUUCUUCUACGAUGUAUCAAAAAAUCCCGCUAUUUGUACCUAAUGUGAAAAUCCAUGUGCCACUUGUGAUAAGUCUGCUACUAAUUGUACAUCAUGUAAUGACAAAGCAUUUCAUUUAACCUCAACGUCUCCAAAAACAUGUACUUAAUGUACUGACCCUUGCUUAACAUGUCUAGCUGAUACAACUUAAUGUCAAUCAUGUCUUCCUGGUUACUAUUUAAUAUCAGGUCAAAAUAAAUGUGGAGAAUGUACAGAUAAUUGUCUUACAUGUAUAAAUUCGGGAAAUGAAUGCUAAAGUUGUAUUGAUGGAUAUUUCCUAUCUGGCACCAGCUGUAAUAAUUCUUGUAAUAGACCAUGCAGUAAAUGCAAUAACGAUGCUCAAACAUGUACCGGAUGUAUUCCUGGCUACUAUUUAUCUGGAAACAGCUGCCAAUAAUGUACAUCUCCAUGCGCUGUUUGUACAUCUGCUGCUUGUGAUAAAGGAUGUAUUAAUGGCUAUUUCUGGGAUACUUAAACAUCAACUUGUUUAUUUUGUGCUACUGCUUGCACAUCUUGUGUAACUUCAGCUACAAAUUGCUAAAGUUGUUCUUAAGGCUAUUAUCUAAAUGGGGGUGGAAAUGAAUGUAAUCCCUGUUCAACCCCUUGUAAAGAAUGUAUAACAAGUGCUACUUAAUGUACUUCAUGCAAUAUAGGAAUGUAUAAGAAGGGCACUGGUGCUGAUGCUACAUGUGAAUAUUGCCCAUAUCCAUGCAUUGUAUGUGAUGAUUCAAGUACAUGUAAAACUUGCGCUGUUGGUUACUCUCUUAAAACUAGUGAUAAUUCAUGUGAACAAUGUAAAACUCCCUGUUUAACAUGCUUAACAUCGGCCACUGCUUGUGAUAAAUGUGUUAAUGGUUAUUACAAAGAUACUAACGGCUGUACAAUAUGUUAAAAUCCUUGUUCCACUUGUACAAGUUCAGGAACUAAUAAUUGCUAAUCUUGCGAUAUAGGUUACUAUUUAGAUGGAAGCAAAUGUUCCCCUUGCACAAACCCAUGUUUGACUUGCUCAAGUAGUGAUAUUUGCUUAUCUUGUGUUGAUGGAUACUUUUUGGAGAAUAAUUAAGCAUGUAAGCCUUGCUCAAUAAAUUGUAUUACGUGCAUUGACAACUCAGCAAAAUGUCUAAGUUGCACGGAUGGAUACUAUUUAAAUGGUAACAAUGUUUGUGAAUAAUGCAAUAAUCCUUGCCAAACUUGCACUAUUACAGCAGAUAAUUGCCAAAAUUGCCCCGUUGCUUAUUUCAAGGAUGGAACAACAUGUACUCCUUGCGAAUACCCUUGCUACAAUUGCAAUAAUCCUAAAAAUAGUUGUAAAUCUUGCGUUGAUGGAUAUUAUCUUUCAUCUACUUCCUGCCUUCCAUGUACUGAUCCUUGUGCUAAAUGUACAAGUUCAACUGAUUGUAAAGAUUGUUUUCCAGGAUAUUAUUUUGAUGGAUCAAAAUGUUAAGAAUGUUUAUACCCUUGUACUAUAUGCUCAAGUCCGUCAAAUUGCACAGCUUGUGAUUCUGGUCAAUAUUUAAACAAUAAUUCAUGUGAAAAAUGUAAUUCUAAUUGUCUAACUUGUGAAAAAUCUGAUAUAACUUGUUUAACUUGUCUAUCAAAUAUGUAUCUAAAAGCUGAUAAAACAUGCGAUUAUUGUUAAUCACCUUGUUCUUCAUGUUAAGGAUCUGCAACUACCUGUAAGACUUGUAUCUCAGGUUAUUACUUAAGCAAUAGUUCUUGUCUCUUAUGUUUUGCCUCAAUCAUGAAUUGCGCGACAUGUGAUGAUGCAUCAAUUUGCAAAACAUGUACACCAGGCUUUUAUUUGAGUGGUAAUCUAUGUUUACCAUGUUCUACUUCUGUUGAUGCUUGUAGAACUUGCUAGAUGACUUAAAGCAGCUAUUCAUGUAGUGCUUGCACAGUUGGGCUCUUUUUGGACGUCAAUACAUGCAGCAAAUGCCAAGAUACAAAUUGUCUCAUAUGUUCAAGCACUUCAUCAGCUUGUACCCAAUGUUUAACUGGAUAUUUCUUGGAAAAUAAUGCCUGCAUUAAAUGUAAGACUAAUUGUACUUCCUGCACAAGUGCAACUACUUGUUCAUCAUGUCUUGUAGGAUAUUAGUUAUCCAAUGAUUCAUGUAAUAAAUGCAAUGAUACUUUUUGUACCAACUGUGUUAAUUCUGCUUCAGAUUGCUCACAAUGCUUUAUAGGACAUUAUCUAACUUAGAAUGGAUGCACUGCAUGCCCCAAAGGAUGUGCUGCAUGCAAGAGUCCCACUUUUUGUUCUUCUUGCCUUUCUGGAUAUUAUCUAUCCAAUAAUGAAUGCAAAUAAUGCUCUUCAGAUAUUAAUGGCUGCUUAGCAUGUCUCAGUAACAAAAAUUGCACAACUUGUGAUCUUACAUACUAUCUUAAUAAUCAAUCUUGUUCUUCAUGUGUAGCAGGCUGUAAUGUUUGCACAAAUCAAAAUCAAUGCAUUGUUUGCAUGACUAAAUGGUUUUUAGAUUCUAAUAAAACAUGUACUAAAUGUCCUACCGAAUGUGCUACAUGCUCAAGCGCCUCAGUUUGUCUUACUUGCGUUCCAGAUUAUAAACUACAAAAUUCAUCCUGUAUGAAGUGCACAGGUUAUUCAGUUCAAUGUUCAGAAUGUACUAAUGAACUUUGCUCUAAUUGCGUCACAGGAUACACUUUAUUAUCUAACAAUACAUGUUCUAUUUGCCCAUCAAAUUGUGCUUCUGGAUGUACUAAAAACUCUUAGUAAAAUUCAUCCUUUUAAACUAUUUGUGUAGUUUGUCAAGACACUUAUUAUUUAAAUGAAAAUAAAUAAUGCACUUCAUGUAAUAUUGGUAAUAAUGGUAUCUUAAGAUGCAAAUAUGACAUAAACAAUAAAACGAUUACUCCAACUCAAUGUUAAAAUAACUAUUUCUUAGUUAAUAAUUAAUGUUAUUUAGCUUCAACAAAUAAUACAUGUUAAAAACUAUUUUAACCUAAUGAGGGUACUUAAAUUGAUACAACAUUAUGCUAAGACUGUUGGCCAUAUUAUUUAUAAAGCAGCUAAAUUUGUUAUAAAUGUGAUAAUUGCGCUGAUAAUAGUUGUUCAUUAGAUCAAAAUAACAAGCCAGUUUGUAGUUUAUGUGCAAAUUAUUAUUACAGUGAUUCAAAUAAAAUUUGUUAAUAAUGUGUUCCAAAUUGUUUUGUAUGCACAGCUUCAGGAAUAGAAAAUUGCUAAUAGUGUGAUGUUGGGUAUUUUAAAACUUCAAGUGCUUGUAUUGCUUGUACAAAAGACAGUAAAAAUAAUAAUACUUGCUUGAAUUGCUCAAAUGAAAAUACAUGUUCUACUUGUAUUAAUGGUUACUACCAAUAAAACGGAUAAUGCUUAGCUUGUUAAUAUGGUUGUUUGCAAUGCUUAUCACCAGGCAAUGUUUGUCUUAGUUGUUUAAGUGGUUUCUAUUUAUAAAAUGGAGGUUGCGUGUCAGAUUUAGGAAAUUGCUUAGAAAAUUAAUAAAAUUAAACUAACGGUUGUUAUGUAUGUGCAUAUGGUUUCUAUCCUAUUAGUGGUUGGUUAUCAUAAGCAGGUUAAUCAGAUGUAGUAGAUAACUCUUGUUUAUAAUGUGUCUAUCCUUAAGCAGCGGUAUUUAUUAUUUAUUACUUAAUUAGUUUGUUUGUAGAGCCAAUCCAUCAGAAAAUUAAGUAACUGGUGCUUCUUAUGGAUCUGUAUCUUCAGUUAAAAAUCCCAAUUAUUUCAAAGCAGCUCUUCCCUUAAGUACGACAAGAUAAACUUCACCAUCAUGCAAGAUUGGAUCUUUUUGGACUGGAUAAAGUUGCAUGCCUUGCCCCUUGAUUGAUAAUGGAAUCUGUGCAGCUUGCACUAACUUUACAACUUGUAAUUCAAUUUAAUGUAAUCCCUAAUAUUACUUAAUUACAUUAAAAAAUAGCUAAUAAUGUGCAUCAAUACCAGCAGGAUGUUCUGAAAUGUAGUAUUCUGAUAAAUUGAUGUCUUUGGGAUGCACCAAAUGCAAUUCAGGAUAUACUUUAAUCGGUAAUAUAUGCAUUUCAAUUAAUGGAUGUUUAACAAUAGAUUAGAAUAAUGGAGCUUGCACUCAGUGUACAAAUGGCUAUUACUUUAAUUGGGAUUUCAUUUUGCAAAGUAAUAAAGUUUCAUUGUCAACUAACACAUAUUAUUAUUAACAUUUCAAUCCCUUUUGUAGUAAAUGUUAUACAGGUUGUGCAUUGUGUCCAUCAUAAUAUACAUGUACUUAAUGUUUACCUGGAUACUUUUGGUAUUAAUCAACACUUAUAACUUAUUAAAACUCUUUUAAGAGUUAUACAAAUGCAUAAACAAGUGCUUCUGGAUAAUGUGUUGCUUGCCCUAAAAAUUGUUUGACUUGUGCAAGUACAACUGUUUGUACUACUUGCAAUACUAAUUUCUAAAUAGAUCCUAACUCAACAAAUGGCGAUUGCACAUGCCUUUCACCUUAUACAUAUAAUCAAAAUGACUAAACUUGUAUUCAAUUGCCUACUGCAAAUUCUACUUGUUCUUUUGUAGGAUGUAUAUAGUGUAAUUCUGAUUACACUUAAUGUCAAGCAUGUAGUCCUUAAUAUGCUUUAACAAGUCCAACUACUUGUACUUAAUGUUUGAAUUGCAACUCUUGUUCUACUUAAAGUGGAACUUCAAACCCAUCUUGUUCAGAAUGUGCAGAUGGAUAUUACAAAGUCUAGGCAUAUGAUGGUGCUCCAAUCACUUGCUAAUUAUGUUCUUAAUCAUUAAAUAAUGCUUUAAGAUGCUAGGGUCCUUUAGAAAAUUAAACCACUUUAACCAUAAUUUAAUGUGCCGAUAAUUAUUAUUUAUUUGGAAAUUCCUGUUAUUCAGUUGGAAUCUCUAAUUGCUUUACGAUUACCAAUUCUAAUAAUCAAUCUUGCUAACAAUGUCUUCCUGGAUUCACACUAUAUGGAAAUAAUUGUGAUUAGUGCAAUAGCAAAAUUUUAAAUUGUUUGACUUGUACUUAGAAUUAGGAUUAAAGUGGAUUGAUCUGUUAAUCCUGUGUUGCUGGUUAUGUUUUAAAUACUGAUACAAAUUCAUGUUUAUAAUGUCCUAAUGGAUGUUAGAGUUGCGCAAUAUCUAAUUCUACUGCUCCAUAUACAUUCACCUGUAAUAGUUGUGCUAAUGGAAACUAUAUUGAUGUUAAUGGAAAUUGUUAAGGAUGUCCUUUUGAUUGCAAAUCUUGUGAUUCAAAAUAUGUAAUAAUUUCUAUUUAUAUAUCUUUAGACAUGUAAAACUUGUAACGAUGGAUACUAUUUAGUUCAAUCAUCUAUUAAAUUCAACUCUAAAUCCUAUACGUUUUAACCCUGUUAUCCUUGUUAAAAUAAUUGUGCUACUUGUACAGUGCCUACUGGCAACAUUUGUUUGACUUGUUAAACUGGUUUCGUUCUUUAAAAUGGUGGUUGUAUUGAUUUAACUUUAAAAAUUCAAAAUGAUCCAACAACUUACAGUUUGGCUAACUGUUAUACUUCUGAUUCAUCUGGUUGUUCAGUAUGUUUAGCUGGAUUUUUCUUGGAUUCAUAAAAAGUCUGCUAAUAAUGUGUUUCACCUUACUCUAAUGUAAUCAUAUUUUUUAUAUUAUUAGUUUGUUUGUGGAUUAAAAGCAGUCUCUCCAACUAAUCCAACAACACCAACAAAUCCAAAUAAUUCAAAUUCUACUAAUCCUGUCCCUCCAAUUUAAAUCGGAGAAACACCUGUUUAACCUGCGAUCAAAUAUAGUUUCAUGUUUGGAAUACUUAUUUUGAUAGCCAUAAAUUGAGAUAUAUAUUGUAUCAAUUAAAGUUAUAAU